CUGGCCCUCGGGGCGGGCCGAGAAGUGCUCUCUGCCUUCCGUGUGUUUUACCUGCCUGAGGUGGAGCGCCUGGUGCCAUGGCGGUUGCCCUGGACAAGGUGGAGCUGUGCGCCUUUGUGGGCAUGCUGCUCCUGGCAAGCAUGAUUCGAUCUCGGGGAAAGUCCGCAGCCAGCUUGUGGGAUGCGAAGAACGGACAGGCGAUCUACACGGCUGCCUUGACGCUCAAGCGUUUCUACGCACUCUAUGCACUGGGGAGGUUUGACGACCCGCGCACGCAAGCGAAGAGUCGAGCCAAAGACAAGCUUGCUGCAAUCAGGGUGCUGUGGGACACUUGGUCUGCGCUUCUCCCCACCAAGUACGUGCCGGGACCGGAGGUCACCGUGGACGAGCAACUGGGAGGCAUCGACAACCUCAACAAGCUCCUCGCUGCCUACAGCUGUCGUGGGAUGACACGCCGCUGGACCGCGGCCGUCUUUCACAACAUCGACGUGUCCACCUACAACACCUUCGUGCUCUGGCGGGAGACGAACCCCAGGUGGAUGUCUCAGGCGAGGCACAGGAGGCGGCUGUUCCUCGAGCACCUCAGCAGGGUGCUGGCCACUCUGCUGGUGGAGCACAGGGUCCACCUGCCCCGCAUCCCUGCCUGCAUCCUUGAUCUUACAUGGGGGAGAUUAUCAAUGGUCUUGUAUGUCUUCCAUUUUCUUACAGUUGCUCUCACGGUUGAUUUAUUCACAACAACCUGCUUGCAUAUUGUAGAUUCACACUGUCUGGUGCAGGUCUACAAUUCUAUUCCUGGUGUCCUUCAACAGCUCUUUGGUCUUGGCCAUGGUUGA